UGACUUCCGUUGAGUUUUUUGACGGUGUGAAAAUUUUAGUAUUCUGGAUGAUACUUUGCACUGUUGCUACUGGCACCUGAAAUAGUUUGGGAAUUUUUUGUGCCCUUUUCUUCAGUUUUUGACAGGUGUAUGAAUAAUUUUGGGCUUAAGUGUAUAUACUAUUUGUUAAUGUCAUUGAGCCAAUAUACAUGUAACGGCGGCGCAAAAGGACAAAGUGCAGGUCAGGAUUAACAGCAAAAACUAAAAUAAAACCAGAAGUCAUGAAAGUAAAUAAAUUGCUGAAAAGAUUCUUCAGAAAACAGUAUAAUUAUUAUUAUAAUAUUGUUAUUAUUAUUGUAGUAUUAGUUUGUUUAGUUUCUUGUUCAACCUACACUGUAAAAGCCUCCCUAUAAAUGAUCAUGAAGCAUAACAAAUAGGAUGCGUGUAAGAAAGGUGGCAUCAUGGCUUCCCGACUUCUGGACCGUUUGAAACGCUCAUUGUUUAAAGAUGGGGUUGCGACAGCACCCCCAGAACGGGAAGCAGAAGGUGGACAAGAAGGUGGAGAAGAUGAGGCCUGCAAGGACCACUGGGAGGCAGAGCUGGAGGAGGAGGACGAGUGCGUGACUGAGAGACUUGGAGGGAUGCUGUGCUUCGACAGCAGCGGAAUAGGAGACGUGGAUGACGGGGCGGACGGGGAGCUGUCAGGAAUGGACAGCGACUCUGACUUCCUGGGAGAGUCGAUGGAGGAGGGGUUGAGCAGCAUGGACACCAGUCCAGUAGGCAUGUCUCCAGUUGGUCCCUCUCCUUCCUCCCUGCUGACUCGGCAGCUUCACGACAGCUGGCGGAGCACAGUGUUCAGUGAGAGAAGCCCCACCUCUCUUGGGAAGCAACAUGCUGACAACAUACUGUUCGAGGUGACGGACGCCAGCGUGGUGCAGGACGGCUCCUCAAAAUAUGUGCUUUACACGAUCCAUGUGAUCCAGUCCGGCGGCAGCGACAAGACCCCAGCCAUCAUCACUCGCAGAUAUUCGGACUUCCAGCGCCUGCAUGCGACACUACGUCGUAACCACGGAGACCAGAUGGAGCGUGUUUGUUUCCCACGGAAGAAGCUGCGGAGGAACUUCACGGCGGAAACCAUCGCUAAGCGCAGCCGAGCCUUCGAACAAUACCUGUCUCACCUCUGCUCCCUGUCCAAUCUGAAGGAGGUGCAGUGCGUCCGACAGUUCUUCUACAUGACUGACCUGCAGGCGGGGCAGGUGCUGAUCAGGGUGGGACGCUACCAGGAGGCGCUGGGACCUCUGCUUAACGCCAAGAGACUGCAAAACAAACUGGGCUGGGCGUGUUACUAUGACAACCUGGCUCAAGCACCGCCACCAUCGUCCACCCAUUGGAUCUUCACUCUGGUGGGACUGUCGAGCUGUUUCCAGGAGGUGGACCAGUUAGAGGAGGCGCGGGACCACUGCGAACUCGCCCUCCGUGUUCUGACACCAGCAGAGACUAAAACGGACAAUACUCCAGCCGACAAGCCGGUGCCUCACCUUGACAGGCCGCACUCGCUGCUCUUGCACUUGUUGAGGGUGGUGGUGAGACUCUCAUGGCAGACAGGGAAGGACAAGCGGUGGUGGGAGGAGAUUCUGAAGCAGCUGGAGGAACAGAGUGAAACAGCGGACAAUCAGACGACCAUCAGAGAGUUUCUGGUCAAACACAACCUGCUGGAGAGUGAGGUGGAGAGCUAGAGCGGUCAUUCAAAGGUCUUAAAUCCUGGAACAUUUUUAGGUUUUUACAUGGCAUGAAACUAUUUUCGUUGGCCCUGAACAUGGCACAACAAGAUACACAGCACCAUAAAGUCGUACUGAUAAGAAAAAUGCAGUUUAUAUAUCCACAGUGACUUUCAACAUUCAAAAACCUGCCAACUUAGCAGCAGUUGGCCAGACAUGACUCAGCAAAAACCUAGCAGCAGGUAGCUUUUAUAUACUGCAUCUAAAAUAUAUGACAGUUAAGAAGGGCAGAGGCAUGUAAGCACAACUUUCUUGCACCACACAAUCAACUUGCUGGUUACAUGCUGCUUUAACUACGCACGACAACAGCUCUUUUGCUGCAGUGGUCAGUAGCUGUUUUAUGUGCAUUAAGCCCGACUGAUAGGGACGCAAACGCUGACCUCGAUACAUGUUUUCAAGGCGGCCAUUUUGUAAUCGCACACUAUGACCUCAUGAAAUGAUGAGGAUGCAUUUUAGUUUUAAAAAUAUAUAUAUGACAUUGAUUUUAUAUAUAUAUAUAUAUAUAUAUAUAUAUCAGGGACUUUUCCGUCUUGUAGUUUAAGCAAUUUCAAUUGUGUCAGUCAAACGUCUCUUUCACUCACUUACUAAUGUACUUUGAUUUACAGGAUUGGAGCUCAGACUUAUUCCCGAUGACACUAGUCGUGGUACUCUGUCUUUGUGCUUGACGUCUGCAGCUAAAGUGAACAAAGACAACCACUAUCAUUGUGACAGACGUUUUGUUGCCUUUACUCAGCUCCUUUACGCACUGCAGGAUAAGCUGUUAAAAUGUCACCAGUUGCACCUGUGUGUUUAAACAUGUAUGUGGUAACUAUGGAGACCUGUGUCUUAAGUGCUUCUGGUGACGUAUAUCAAAUACAGUCAAUGAUGUAUGCGCUAUAAAUAGGCAGGAUUUAAAGGAACAGUAACAAUGGUGCUUUGAUUUGUUCUUUCCUUCCUUCCUCUGAAUGUGAUAAUAUAAAGUAGUUCAUGAGGGACAAAGACAGAAUCACCAGCGCACUAUCGUGGUCUUAUAUCUAUAUUAGCAUGCACAUCCUUCUGGGGCAUUUACAUAUGGAAUCAUGUAGCGCACAUACUAUACACUCCGUGGCUAAAAGGGACUUUUUAAAGUUGUAUUUCUAUUUAGAAUGGGUGGCUAAAAGCACGUUUUGUGAUGAAGAGUUGAGUGAUAGUGAAUAUGAAAAUUUGGAAAGCUUUUUAAUCAGCUCUGAUGCUAAUUUACUAGUUUGUUUCACAUGAUUUUAAGUUAAGUAUUUACGUCUGCACUACAAAGAACUUGAAUAUUUCUUUUAAUAACCAUGAUCAAUCACUAACCAGUCAGAUGAUUAAGGACAUGUUUAUAUUGUUUAUUCAUGCCUGGAUUCAUUGUUACUCAAGUGUGUACAUCAGCUCAAAUUGUGUCUGAAAGUGAAUUAAGUUUGUCUGGGGCUUUAGAGAUAUUUAGAUAUUUGCAUUAUUCACCUAAACAUCUUAUUUUGAGAUUUCUGUGACCAUUUCAGAGCAUUCAAAAUUGAGGUCCAAAUGCUGCCUUAAAGUUUGCAUUCUUUUAUAAACGUGCACUGGUUGUACUUUUUUAUUGUAUUCAGUUGCAUAUAAAUUUGUUGAUAAAAAUUGUGUGUUGAAAAAAAGCGUCUCCUUCUU